AUGAGACAAAAGAGAGCAAAAUCAUAUAAAAAGCAAAUGAACAUAUAUCAUUAUACAUUCAAAUUUCGAGAACCAUAUCAAUUAAUAGUCGAUUCAAACAUUAUCAUAAAAUGUUCAGAUUCAUCAUAUAAUAUAACAAAUGGAUUUAAUAAAACAAUUCAAGCAGAAAAUAAACCAAUGAUAACCCAAUGUUGUAUCCAAGAUUUAUAUAACUCCAAAAAUGAAAAAGCUAUAUCUAUUGCAAAAAAUUUCGAAAGAAGAAAAUGUAAUCAUCGACAACCAAUAAAUCCUCAAGAUUGUAUUGAAUCUAUUGUAAAUAUAAAUGGUGAAAAUAAACAUAGAUACGUAGUAUCAACACAAGAUUUAGACCUACGUAAAAGACUAAGAUCAGUACCAGGUGUACCUCUAAUUUAUAUGAAUAAAUCAUCAGUUAUGGUAAUGGAACCAUUAAGUGAAUCCACGGCAAAAUAUAGUAACAAUUGGGAAAAUAAAAAAUUAACUGCUGGAUUAAAUGAUUUAAAAGCUGGUCAAAAAGAUAAAAAACAAAAAGAAGAAGCAACAAAAGAAGAUAAUGAAGAAAGUGAAGAACCUGCAAAAAAGAAAAGGAAAGGUCCUAAAGGUCCAAAUCCAUUAAGUAUUAAAAAGAAGAAGAAAGAACAACCACCACAAACUAUUGAGACUAAAGAUAAGAAACCUAAUAGAAGGAGGAAACAUAAAAAAUCAAAUGAUGAAGAAGUUAACACAAACGAAGAGAAUAAUGAUAAUACAGAAAUUGAGCAUAAAGAAGAAAAAACCGAACCAAUUCAACUAGAAGAAUCUGCAGAUUGA